CCCGUCCUUGUUAGGUAGUCCAUAGUACUACUAGAUGCAACGCGGUCAAUGGUCAAUUUACUAGGUACUCUACUCCGUACUCUGUAUUCAACUAACCACUAUUACGUAUAUACUGCUUAGGGAGGUUGUACUAACCGACAUAGAUCCAGUCUCUAGUAUCACUUCAUUAUCAACGGUUGUUAUUUUGCUAAAGCCCCAACCCACAGUACACUGCCUGUGCUCCUGAUUGAAGGUGAGAAGGCUAGGCCUCUCUAAUGGGAACAAUUGCAUACUGGUAUCGAUGCUUAUCAGCCCGCGAACAUAUUCCGCUUCACAGAUACUAGAUCGAGGACAACUCUCCCUCAAUAGUGAGGAUCAUCCGAGGUUUCAUUCACUCCUUGGGUGGAGUGGCAGCUCUGCGGAUGGUAGGCGAGCCGCCGAAAUGCUAUUGAUUCAUCAGACGGGCAGUGUCCGUGUGGGUGAAGUGGUCAGGUACACGGUAACUUACUCACCUGCAGCCGACGCCGCCAGUCCCAUUCCAGCAGAGUUAUAUGUGAAAGUCAAAAAUACGUCUGCAAUUCCCCUCCGCGCUGCCUACCUCCAUGGCCCGUAUACACUCUACACGUCCUGCUAUCCAUCCAAGUUUGACCCAAACAUUAAACUUGACCAGCAAGUCACAGAAGGCAUCCCCCAAUUUGAGCCAUACCUCAAAGCUGGGGGCAGUUGGAGUGCAGUUAUCACCGUGCCCCGGCGUCUUCGUCAAAACACGGAGGUCGCUUCUGCUGCGCCCAGAAGCCAUCAGAGAGUAACAUGGGUCAUUGAGAUAUUAUCUCAAGUGGUAUUUUCGAGUACUGCAUCCGUAAACUUUGAGCUUCUGGUGGGCCGUGACCAAAAAUCGGUGGAGCUAUACUCUACCGGCGGAGCGUCAACCUCUGGGCUUCCUCAGGCAGCUCAACUAAGCGACCACUGGUCGCCAAAUUCAAAAGGCAAACAAGUGGUUGCUACAAAAGGGGUAUAUUCUAGCGCUAUAACAUUACUCAUAGACGACACCGUGAGUCUUUGGAAUACGCCCGCGUUUUCUUCCUUUGACAAAGGAUGCGAGAAAAGAGAAGAUAACGAGCCAAAUGAAGAAGCGAGAACCAACGCCGAGCCGUCGGCAGGACCUCGCGAAUUACCAGAUCACUCGCAGAGCACCCGACGCAAGAAGAAGGUCCACCUCGUUGUGCUGACCCAUGGCCUACAUAGCAACCUUGGAGCAGACAUGCUUUAUCUCAAGGAGAGCAUUGAUAGCGCGGCCAGAAAGGCUAAGGAACAAGCUGACAUUGCUCGUCAGAAAUGUGGGACUGAGCAAGCUGGCGGCAAUGACUAUGACGAUGAAGAGCACGUCAUUGUCAGAGGAUUCCCUGGUAAUGCGGUUCGUACUGAACGUGGGAUCCAGUAUCUUGGCAAGCGUCUCGCGAAAUAUGUCUUGUCAAUGACAUAUGCAGAACAGCCCUACAAUCCUUAUCCCAAUACAAAAGGGAAGACAUUACCGAAACCUCUGGCUGUCUGGAAGAGUGCAGCGGGGGAAUCUUCUAAAAAUCAUAUAGCUCAUGACGUUCACUCAAGGCGAGCCGAAGGUGGGGAUGCCUAUCAGAUCACCAGCAUCAGCUUUAUCGGUCAUUCUCUCGGCGGGCUCAUUCAGACAUAUGCUAUUGCAUAUAUUCAAAAACAUUCACCUGAAUUCUUUGAUACUGUCAGGCCUGUCAAUUUCAUCGCAUUGGCGACUCCUUUUCUCGGUCUCAGCAAUGAGAACCCUAUGUACGUCCGCUUUGCCUUAGACUUGGGUCUUGUCGGACGAACAGGCCAGGACCUAGGGCUUAGCUGGACAGCACCCCGGGUAAGAAGCGGCUGGGAGGCUAUAAUUGGUGGGAAAGGCAAUUCUGCAAAAUCACAAGGGUAUCCAGAUGCUGGAUCAAAACCUUUACUAAGAAUCCUUCCUUGUGGGCCUGCGCAUGAAGUCCUUGCUAAGUUCCAACACCGCACUGUCUACUCCAAUGUGGUCAACGACGGAAUUGUACCUCUAAGAACCUCCUGUCUCCUUUUCCUUGACUGGAGAGGGCUAGAGCGAGUCGAAAAGGCGCGGAGAGAGAAUGGGAUAGUCGGUACAAUGGCUGAAUGGGGUUGGGCCGAAUUAACAGGUGCAAAUUCAAAGUCGCCACGGACCGCUCGCUCUGGUACGGAGUUGGAGUGGGAAACCGCCGGAGAGGAAAGCAAUGAGGCCCGCAGCGAUAUAUUGAUUACAGAGAUGUCGUCGCAUCGGGCUAUUACACCUAGUGCUCCAACCUCAGCAAUUAGCCACAAGCCAUCGGAGCAAGCCCAACAUUUCGUUUCUUCUCCUAACACAACGAUAGAUGCAGCACCGGGUGACAAUCAGUCUCUAAGUUACGGCCCUUUGAGCAGUUUUCUUUCUAUGUUUCGGCCUAAAGAAGCUGCUAAGGCGUCCCUGGGGCAUAAGCAAACUAAGAUGCUCAAACGUAGCCAGACACUUGGUACAUCUAGCGGAGCCACAGAAGGGCCGUUGUCUUUAUGUUCACCUACUGAAGAAUCAUUUGCCGAUAGCCAGCUGUCCGACGAACAGGGACUUUACGCGCCACCAAAGACCACCCUAUUUGAGUCUGCGAGCGAUCUUCUCAUGCCGCCCAUUCCUCCCAUUGAAUUUAUAAUUGACCCUACUUCAAGACCUCGAACCAUUUUCCAUGACCGAAUUUAUAACCCUGAGGAUAUACCGCCUCCAUUGACCCCUAAGAGACGAACCUUGACUUUUGGCCCUUCUCAAAGUAAGGUCUCAAAGGCAGGGUCGUUAUUGUCGGAAGAAUCCUCACACCGUGGCUUUAAUGAGAGCGAGAGUGGGCUGAGGGUCGAAGAAAAAAUCGCGAGGGCUUAUCACCGCAACUUGACGUGGCGCAAAGUGCUCGUUCGCCUUGAACCAGAUGCACACAAUAAUAUCAUCGUUCGGCGUAUGUUCACGAAUGCAUAUGGCUGGCCCGUGGUGAAGCAUCUUGUUGAUACCCACUUUGGGUAUACGUCUGCAGCUCAGUCUAAGGAUGAUUCCGUGAAAGGGGUAGAAAGGGCAAAGCCACCCACCGUCCCAACAAGUAGCCUAGGCGAAGAAGUGCAAGGGCAGAAUGAACCACCUAUGAAAAAUUUCACAAACGGACAAGAACCCAGCAAGAGUCCAAUCGCUGAGGUUGGGUCCACCGAUUAAGACAGUCAUCUCAUCCAAAUUCGAGAAAGCUGUAUGAGUUUUUGAGCAAAUAUAGAUGUUUUAUACCGUGGAUUAUCGUUUCCCCCCCCCCCCCC